AUGUUCUUGAUUUUCUUUCGUUCUUUCUGUCUUUCUAUUUCUUUCCUUAUUUCUUUCUUCUUUUGUUCUUUUUUAUUUUCUUUCUUUCUUUCUUUGAUGGCGAUUAUGUUUUUUUUUUCUUUUCUUCGUUUUUUUUUCUUUUUUCUUCUUUUCUUCUUUGCAUUUGGUUCUUGCUUUUCUUCCGUUCUUUCUGCUUUUCCGAUUAUAUUCCAUCUCCUCUCUCUUCAACCAUAUCUGUUUUCCCUGUUCUCUCUCUUUCGCCAUAUUUGGCUUAUUUGUUCUUUUACUUCUUCUCUCUCUUCAGAUAUAUUUGCUCUUUUUCUCUUCCUCUCCAACCGUAUUUCUUCUCUUAGUUAUCCUCCCUUUCAACCAUAUUUGUUCUCUCCUUUCUCUUCCACCUUCAACAUCUUUUUGUUUUCCGUCUCCUCUCACUUCAACUACUUUUGUUCUCUUCCUUCUCCUCAUCCUUCUCCACAUUUUUUCUCUCUCUUAUCUUCCCUCUUCAAGACUAUUUGCUCUUUUCCGUCUCCUCUCCAUUCAACUAUAUUUUCUCUAUUCAUUCUCCCCACCCUCUUCAAUCACAUGUCUUCUCUUCCUUCUCUUCUCUGUACAGCCAUAUUUGAUCAUUUGCUUUUCUAUACUGAACACUAG